AUGCCUGUCAAAAACUUAAUGGAUAAUGGUGGGAGCGGCCUUAAAGUUAUAGAUCUUGACGGCUAUUAUCUACCAACAUUUAGCCAACUCAAAUCUCACGAAGAGGAACUGCGUUCCAUGCCGGAUUGGAUGGCCCGGGAUGAUGACGUCAUGAUUUGUACUUAUCCCAAAUCAGGCACCCACUGGCUAUGGGAAAUCGUAAGUAUGCUGGUUAAGAAGAAAGCGGAAAGGAUCAGUACCGUAAAGGAGACCGCCAUGAUGGAAAUUAUGAGCAAAAAAACACAUGACAACAUUCCGUCCCCACGUGUUCUCAAUAGCCACGUGUACUUUGAGUACCUGCCAAAGGACUUCGCAAAACGCAAGUGCAAGAUCGUGUACGCCAUGCGAAAUCCUAAAGAUGUGGCGGUGUCCUUUUUUAACCAUCACAGUAAAAUACUUGAAUAUGAAUUCUCGGGAACCUGGGAACACUACGUUGAUAGAUACUUAAAAGGCGAUGUUGAUUACGGGACUUGGUUCGAUUACACCCUAAAAUGGGAAAAAUUCAUGGCAGAUAACCCAGAUUAUCCAAUAAUUGCAACAACUUUUGAGGACAUGAAAGAGGACGCUCUACGAGAGGUGACACGCAUCGCCAAGUUCCUCGAAGUAGAUUGUGACCAAGCUUUUCUUCAGGAAGUCACCGACCUCUGCCACUUUGACCGCAUGAAGAAGGAGAAAGUCAAUAUGGAGGAGAUUGACUCGUGGAAAGAUGGUCAACCUGGGAUGUAUCGCAAGGGUGAUGUUGGCGAUUGGAAGAACUGGUUUACGGUAGCACAGAAUGAAUUUUUCGAUCGUGUUUACCAAGAGAAAAUGAAGGACUCAAAAGUUCAACCAAGAUAUACGUUAUGA